AUGCGUCUGAAUUUGCUUCUCGCACUUGUAGGCGCUGUGUGCGCUCGCCCGAACAUCGUCGUCCUGUUGACCGAUGAUCAAGACCUCCGUCUUGGAUCACCCGACUACCAACAGGUGCUGCAAGAAAGGCUCGUCAAGAAGGGCGCCAGCUUCAUGAACCACCAUGUAACAACAGCGGUGUGUUGCCCUAGCCGAGCCUCCCUCCUCAAAGGACAGCUGGCACACAACACCAACAUUACCCACGUCCGAGCGCCAGGGGGCGACUACGACAAAUGGGUCUUGGCCGGCCAAGACAACGAGUACCUGCCUCACUAUAUGAAGCAGGCAGGCUACCGAACCGAAUGUAAGAGAUUUGCUUAUACUAUCGAGCUAUGGCUGGGUUGGGGCGGGCUGACGCGAUGGAACGAUAUUGGCAAGUUGCUCAAUGGGUACUCGGUAUUCAAUUACGACAUCCGUCCAAAGGGCUGGGAUCACACCGACUGCCUAGUUGACCCGUACACCUAUUCCUUCAAUACCGCAGUGAUGUCGAAGAACGGAGAGGUACCGCUGAACUACCGGGGGUUUCACCAGACGGAUAUAAUCAGAGCCAAGGUCCUUGAUCGUCUCGACUACUUAACGUCCCAUGAGGAUCCGUGGCUCCUGUUCUUGGCGCCCACCAGUCCCCAUGUGGGUAACGACAACCACUACUGCGAGCCACUCGCGCGACAUUCGAACGAUUUCGAGAACGCCAACGCUCCCAGAAGGCCCGACUUUAACCCUGAGCAAGAAUUCCAGGAACAAAAGGGGUACUUUUUGAAAGGUUUGCGCUUGAUGAACCAGACGGAGAUCGACUGGGCCGAUAUGACCCACCGCCGCCGGCUCCAGUGUCUACAAGGAGUGGACGACAUCAUCGAAGACACUAUUAGCUACCUCGAGGCUAAAGGACAGAUGGAGAAUACUUACUUCAUAUUCACGUCCGACAACGGCUAUCAUCUCGGUCAGUGGCGUGUUACGGCGGGAAAGUCGCUACCAUAUGGCACCGACUCCAACGUGCCGCUGGUCGUCAGGGGUCCAGGGAUCCCGGAGGGCGUCGAGUCCAAUCUGCCGGGCACUCAUGUGGACCUGGUGCCGACUAUGCUCGACAUUGCGGGCGUGGAGCGCAGGAAGUGGCCCAAACUUCUCGAUGGGCGCAGCCUGCUCGGUCAGUGGCGGCGACCUCAACAUCCCGGCAAGGGCACCGGCUCGGAUGAAGAGGUGAUCAAUAUCGAACACUGGGGCUUUAAGAGUAUCGAGGCACCCGUGGUGCCCAAAGUGUAUCCUAUGGCUACAUACAAGACGAUACGCGUGGUGGGCGAACAUACAGCGUGGCUCUACGUCGUGUGGUGCUCCGGCGAGUCGGAAUUAUACAAUCUCAUUGACGACCCGUACGAGAUGCACAAUCUAAUAGCAUCUAAUGACGCGGAGGUCGAGCGAACAGUCGAUCGCCUCAAUGCGCUGAUGCUCUUCAUGAAAUCGUGCGGGGAGGACACGUGCCGCAAACCAUGGGCGAACUUCGAUGCAGGGCGCCGAAUCUCGUCUUUCAGGCAGGCAAUGAAGCCGCAGUUCGACGGGUAUUUUGCGUCAUUCCCCAGAUUCAAAUUCGGAGAGUGCAUGGACUACCAAUACGCACCCAACGAAGAGCCCUUCUUCCCGCCCGAGUCUGUUUCUCUCGGCUCCGAGUACCGGCGCCCAACUGACAACUACGUCACGGCAUUCCCCCAGAUCUUGCUUGAGCGGAACCAGGAGCCUGCGGGAGGCUGGGAGCAGAGAUACGCCACCAUUGACGAGAUCAUGGCCAAGGCCAGGCCGCUGUCCAAGGAAGACAUAUACGGCCCGGGUAGGUUCAAGCGCGAGGAAGCAUAUGAAAUGGUCAUUGACGAGGAUAACGACUUUGGCGUUUAGCUAAGGGACCAAGUCUGUACACGACGAUAGACCUAUGUCCACUGUCGCUGGUCCUAUUGACAUUCAACGUAAGCUAUCAUACAUUAUUAAUAGCCUCACUGAGUCUCACGUGUUUCCCAACCACCGCGGAUAAUACCUGCUUGCAAUAGCCUUUGGCCAUACUAUCACUUAUUAUGGGCCAACUGACAGUCUUAUUUUUCCAUAGAAAAUAGUAUAAGCGCAUAAACCCGCCCCAAGCCGAAAACUCACGCGACCCCCAGGUCAAGAUUUGCUGCAUCUAGGAAGCCUUUUACCUCUUAUCUUGGAUUGAUUUGGCGUGAUUAUUGCCCCAUUGAUACUUCCCUCCCAUCAAAAGUUAUAUCGGGGGUAAGAUUAAUUAUCGGCAUGGAGGCCGUGGGAGAAAGGAGACAUCGUGGGAUGUGUGUGUUCA